AUUUAUGUAUAUGUUAUUAUAUUGGAAUAACCUCAAAGUUAUUAGGUUUUAGUUUACGUAUGAUUGUUGUUGUUUCAGUAUGUUUAAUAUUAAAUUAAGAGGCCUUUACUACAUUUGUCACAAAAUUCCUAUUCGAACUUUAAGAAGCAGGACCAAGAGAAGCGAUCAUAAUCCAAAUCCUGGUUUAGAAAAUAGGUUACGAGUUUUUAGAAAAGAAGGUAUUGGAAUCAAUAAUGAAAAUGCAGAAGAGUUUGUCGAGCAGUCGGAUAGUAACUUUUACGAUGUCGGUCAAGCGUAUAACCAACAUUUGAAUGAAACCCUUAUCGGAAAACAUGAAUUGCGCCAUCAAAUAGUUAAAGAAAAAUAUUUUAAAGAAAAUAUGCCAAACCUAUUGACCUGGAGUGAAAAAGAACAAAUACGUCAUCUCGCUUCAACACAACCAGAUGAAUGGACACCGAAAAGGAUUGCGGAAAGCUUUCCUAUCACUGAAUCAGUUGCAAAGAAAGUACUGAAAUAUCCAUGGAAACCUGCCACUGAACAAAGAAUAGCUCGUCAUGAUGCUUCAGCUAUGAGAAACUGGAGGGAACUGAAAGAAGGAACUCUCGACAUACCAGAAGAUCUACGAAAACACUUUCUAAAAUUCUCUGAGCGCACAAUACCACCUCUUAAUAAAAAAUCCCUUAAGGUUGACUUGUCAAGUAAAAAAAUGGGGGAGUUUGAGCAAAUUAUACAAAAAUGUGCCAUGAAAGAAGAAGAAAAAGAAAAAUAUAGGGAAACUAGAACAGAGGAUCAAACAAUCAAAGAAAAUAAGAAUGUUUCAAAGAAAGACAAUAAAAUGGUAACAUUAGAUGAAUUAACAAGAAAAAUUAAAGACAGAUUAGAACAAGGAGACAAUGUCAACUUAAAUGAUCACAUCAUUGUUGACUCUAUAGAUACCUUAAAGACAGAAAGUUCGACUAAAGAAACAAACAGUACAGAAAUAGAAUUAAUCAAUGAAAAAAGAGAAAUGUCCCUAACAAACUUUAAAGAAAAUAACGAAGAGGUUUUAAUCGACAAUUAUCCUGAAAGAAUAAGAAUACCAAAAAAGGCUUACAAAAGAGGUGCUACAUAUAAAGUUAAUGAUUGUUUCUAUGAUGAUGAUGGCCGGUUUUUAUAUAGGGUCAUUGGAAUGACCAGCUGAGUUAGUAUAAUAAUGUAGGUUAGUAGACUAAGAUAAAGAAAAAAAAAAGUUGAAAAGAUGAAAACAAUAAAACAUUGGUUAAAUGAA